GUCACGAUCGAGCGGCAUGACGUCGAGCCGCAUCAAACGCUCCCAUUCAGGAUGGAGCUUUAUUACGCAGAAAUGCCUAAAUGAUCGGCCUGACAUUAAAAUGAACGAUCAUAAAUAAUAACGCGAGAGUUUGCAAGUUGCCCGCUGACUGUAGUCACAACUGUCAAAGGCAGCGGUGGAUACGCGCGUGACCCAGCACCCAUACUGUUACUGUACACGGCUGCGAGGAUAAUACUCGUAUCAAAAAAAAAAUCUUCGGCAUAAUCCCGAGGUAAGGACGGGAAUCGCGGGGCUGCGCCGAAACUGCGCGACGCUGCUGUGCCUUCCCAUCGCGUUCACUUCUUUCGCCCGCGUGGAUGUCGAAGAUUACUGCACUAAACAUAUCCCCGUGGCUCCUUUAGCAACAGCGCGAGGAUUUUUUUACUCCUCCUUCGUAUUAAAGUCGCCAUUUUGCUUCACUGCCUAUGAAAGCUUCUUGUAUUUUCAUAUUUUGUGCGGCGUGUCAGCGUAUUUGUGCGCGUGCUUUUCGAGUUGGAUUUUAACGAGGGGUUAAAGUGAGAGCUGGUGGAUUACAAAUUAAUGAAGAGGGGCAGCGAGUGGAGUCGGCAAACAAGGUGAAAGUGUUGUGCAUUCGCAUCAGCUUUCUCUUCCUCGGCUUUUUUCUCUUCCUCCUCCUUCAUCAUCAUCUUCCUCCGCCGACACGCGCAGCGGGCACCGUGAGUGCUGACCGUGACGCCCAUCAGUCCGCGCGAACGCCACCAACCACCCGCGCGUCAGGUGUGUUUGUCAUGUAAAGUCAAGGGGUGCGACGCGAGAGUAAAGGCUACAGCCUGACCCCACGUGGGUGACCCCUCUCACCCGCUCACCCGUCAGUGUUGGGUGGAUCGGGCAUUCCAGGCAUGGACACCUUCAGCGGUGCCCGGGUGGUGAAAGCGUCGUCGGGCAUGUCCAAGGGGCGUACUGCCAAACAAACCCACCCUCCUGAGAUGGCUCGAAUGGGAGGCACGGAAAACGACAAUCAUGGUUCCUCCUGUAAUGAGAAGUCAGAGGCCAAGAAGAAAGGGCGCCCCCGUGUGGAGACGCAGGAACUGCGCAAUAUACCUGCUCAUAUGAUGGUUCAGUGGAAAGAGGAGUUUAAAAGUCGUUCCAGGGUAAAAUGUCCGAGCACAGGGUGCUGGCUGGAGUUCCCCAGUAUUUAUGGACUUAAAUAUCAUUAUCAGAGAUGCCAAGGGGCAACCAUAGCAGAGAAGCUGAGUCACGGAUGCCCGUACUGUGAGGCUGUGUUUGCCACUAAAGUGCGUCUUCAAAAGCACAAACUGUGGAACCACCCAGAAAGGGUCACCAUGGAGACCAAACCCGAUCUAAAGUCUGAACCCAAACAGCAAAAAAGCCCUAUGAAGGGGAAUGCCAAAAAAAGGCCCACAGAGAACAGCCCUCCGUCGCCUGUAUUUUUCAAGGUGAAGAAGACCAAGGAGAUAUCUCAGCACUCACAGAAUGGGGAGUGCGCCCCCCAAAGGUCAGAGAGGAGACAGCAUCAGGGGACGUCUGUAGACACUGGGGGCAGUGACAGCGAGGAAGAUAGUCUACCUCCACCCUUUCCCGAAGAGGAUCCAGAAAGAAUGAAGCACAGGAGGAAGCAGAAAACCCCAAAAAAGUUCACCGGGGAGCAGCCAUCAAUUUCAGGAACGUUCGGCUUAAAAGGCAUGAAUAAAGUGGAGGAGAAGUUAAAAGCAGGCCGGAUGAAGAGGGCGGAGGGAGCUUUGUUCGCAGAAGAGUCCCAAAGGAAGCAGUCCGUUCCAGCAGCUACCAGAAAAGAAACUGCUGCUAUCAGCUCAGUGCCCCCUGCUGAAGCCCAAUGGCAGAACACCAUUUCUGAAAGAGGAGAGGUGGUUUGUCCAACCUGCUCUGUUGUCACCCGCAAGACCGUCCCGGGCCUUAAGAAGCACAUGGAGAUCUGUCAAAAGCUGCGUGAUGCUCUCAAAUGUCAGCAGUGCCAGAAACAGUUCAGAUCCAAGGCUGGACUCAAUUACCACUGCAUGACUGACCACAAUAAGCCCUCGGGAAGUGAAAAUGUGGCUGUGGAGGAGCAGGAUGAGAGAGAGGGAUUACGGCGCGUUCUCAAACAGAUGGGCCGAAUCAAGUGCUCCAAUGAGGGCUGUUCGGCUUAUUUCUCCAGUCUGAUGGGUUAUCAGUAUCAUCAGAAACGCUGCGGCAGGGAUUUGCCUGAAUCUGAGAGGCCCGUUUUCCUGUGCCAACACUGUGGUAAGGCCUAUCGCUCCAAAGCUGGUCGUGACUACCACCAGCGUUCUGAACACCCCGUAACCGGCCAACCCACAGAGACGCUCACUGCUGAUGAGUGGAAACAGGAUGAGGGCAAAGAGGAAGAGGAGUUGCAGGAGGAAGAUGAAUCGAGGGGAGAAAUCGUGAUGGAGCGAGGGGAGGAGCAAGUGGAGAAGAUGGAAAAGAGGAAAGAAGAGAAAAUUGAGAUGGAGGAGCUGCUGGAUUUAGACAGGACGCCCAGCGGCAGGGUGCGACGGCGCUCAGCUCAGGUGGCCGUGUUUCAUUUGCAAGAGAUCGCAGAGGAUGAGUUAGCCAAAGAUUGGGGAACCAAACGGCGCAUCAAGGACGACCUUGUACCGGAUAUUAAAAGGCUUAACUACACACGACCAGGCCUCCCCAGCUUCAACCCCCAAACAGUGGAGAGCUGGAAGAAUGAAGUGAAGGAUAAAGGGUUCAUCUGCUGUCCCAAUGAUAACUGCGAGGCUAUCUAUUCAAGUGUAUCUGGUCUUAAAGCGCACUUGGCAAACUGCAACAAGGGAGGGGGCGACGUUGGAAAGUACACGUGUUUGCUCUGUCAAAAGGAGUUUAGCUCAGAAAGCGGCGUCAAAUACCAUAUCAGCAAGACACAUUCUCAGAACUGGUUUCGGGCGUCCACGAACGAUAUGACUAACAACAAACGAAAAGAGCCAGAUAGCAAUGGCUUACAGGGAGAUGGAUUGCCUGGAAAGAAAAGGGGGCGAAAGCCCAAAGACCACCCACCAGAGAUGACCUCCAUCCCAGCAGAGACUCAGAGCUUCUCUCCAGCUUCACCUCCAAUUCCACCCCAGACCGUAACUACAUCCUUAGAAACCCCAGACCCUGCGCCAAUCACCAACACUCCGAUCGUAUCUCCCAUCCCAGCAGAAAGUGGGAGUCCCGUCCAACCCAGAGACGCACACCCCCCCAUAAAGAAACGGGGCAAACCUAAAAAAGUACAGACCGCUGAGUAAAACAGCGUUUACUACUUUAGCACCAGAUGGGAAGCUUUUGAACUACACCAGUUGAGGAAUGAAGGAGAACACAGAAACAACAAAGAAAUAAGAAACAGCAGAACGGGGGGUUAUGAUAAACAGCAGAAAAUGUUUUGAUUUCACACUGAUCUUUGUGUUUUUUUUAAGCGAGUAUAUACAUUUUGUGUGUGUGCUUAUGUAUACUGGUAUAUAUUACUCCUGUUGUUUUUCAUUCCAUUUUUAGAGUUAAUUUUAAUAAGCUGUUUGCUCAACAGGGGGAAGAGGACUUCCCGAUUGAUAUACAGCAUACAGUAUAUACAUCUAGGCCUUUAUGGAAGCUUUUUAGAAACACGUUACAAACAUUUCUACAGGAUUUUUGGAGGAGCUCUGUCAACAUAUCCGGUGUUAAUGAUGUGUUUAAUGCGAUUUCUUUUCAAGAAGUUCAAACUCAUACGAUUAGCAUGGUGAGCUAAUUUACUGCUAAUGUUUUAUCACACGUAUACUCUGCUGUGUAUAUAUAUCUAUAUCUAUAUAUGACUAUAUUCAAAGCAAUUCAUUUUCGUCCAUAGUUUUUAAACAAGGUGGGUCAAAACUAGUUUGGUCUACAGUGGUCACGGUUUGAUUUGCUUUUCCUCGGAUGUAUUUGGGUUUCUCUUGUAAGUGGCAGCUGAAUGAACGGUUGAAUUGGGGUUGACGGCUGUUGUAACAGUGUGCUACUGUGCAAUAGUGUUGCUUUAGUAGUUUUGUCCCGUUUCUUGCUCGAAAUCGUGAGAGGUCUGAGCACGUAGCCUUGCGUAACCUCUUUCUUGCAUAGCGUUUGCAGGGCUGUUUGCAGUAGUCGUAGUUUGCCACAGUUGGUUGGAGAUCAUUGUGAAAACCUUUAACUGCUUGGAAAUUUGGUAGUACUUUAUUUUGUCAGAUUUUUUUAUAAAGUACAAUGAAGGUGUUGCGGUCCCUGUUGAAAAGACUAGGCUAGACCAGCGUGAAUUUCCAUGUUAAUGCUGUUUGUUAGCGCUCGUUUGAUUCUAGUCAAACUGGUAGACACGCCAUGUUGCCUAGUCAACUAGCAUUUUUAUGAUAAAGCCGGUUGACCAGGGGAAGCUUGAUGUCAGUGACAAUGUCUGUCUUUUAAACAGGGGUGAAGGAAUACACAUUACAGAAGUUUUAAGAGAUUUAUUACAUAGCAACAAGAAACGUUUGUGGGGGCAGAUGCUGCCUUAUACAGUAACUGAAUUAUAAUGUGUUGGUAGGAAAUUAAACUCCUCCAAAGCACAGGAAUGCCCUCUGACAUCUGUGAUGUCAUCAUUGCCCACUUCAGCUAAAUUUAGUAUGCUCUGCAGAAAGACUUCAGCUAGCUUUGUUCAGUUAAAGGAAUAGUUUAACCUAAAAUGAAAAUAAUUUACAAUGAAAGUGAAUUGUGAUGAUGCUCUAAAGAUGACAAAAGAGCACAAUAAAAGUAAUUUCUAAAAGUUUUUAAAAUCCAAAAUUUAAAGGCGAAGUGUCUUAUUAUUUACUACUUUUUUGUCAUUUUGUAGUGCAACAGCACACGUCUCCAUUCACUUUCACUGGAUGUAAAAGAGCAGUGUAACACAAUAUAUUCUGUAUUUCUUAUUUUAUGAUCUUUAAAUUGUUAAUAGGUCUAGGCUGCUCAGUGGAAAACAAGCAAUGUGUGUCGAAUGCACUUGAGACCUCUGUGACUGUAUGCAAUUGUGAGAGAGUUUUGCCAGGAUGGAGGUCAUGUAUGUAAUGUAAAGCAUUUGAAGAGCACAAUCAGAUUGGUCACUGCAGGCUUUAAUUGAAGGUUUCCAUCAGAGCCGUGAUUGAGAAUCAGAGAGCGUCUGAUAAAGAGCGAAUGAAUGAACCUGCACAUACUGAUUCCCAACUUUCUGAUUAAGGCCUGUUUGAGUAAAAUGUAUCUUGCACUUUAACCUCUCCUUUCCCCCUCCCUCCUUAUCUUGCACUUUGCAGGCACUGUUAGGCUUCCAUUCUCCCGACCUUACACAAGUCUUGGCUCUGGGCUCUUAGAUCAGGUUCCACCACAUGAGAGUUCAUAAAAAUGAUCAUAACUCAGAAACGUUUGCUACUGUAUGUGAUCCAAACCCGGGUUGUACAAAUGGUGAUAUGUGCAAGGGAAGUUUGUCCUCUAUUGCUCAAUUAAGAAAGCAAACCUAUUUCAAACGUGACAUCAAAAUGAUGUUUAAGCCAUAAUGGUCACCUCAAAGGUGACUGAUGGAAGCAGUGUAUCUUUUUAUUAUUCCUCAGUUUGUAUAAAAUAUUAUAAAGAAAACACUAUAAUUUGCAACAGAAAUAAUUUAUCUAUUCCAAAACCCUAACAAUUCUGAGGUACUUGAAUCAUGAAAAUUGCCAUAAAAUUAUUAGAUGGAAAAAUAUAAAGCAUAAAUUAUUAAAGGUAUAUUUAUCUAAUGAGAAAGAAGAAUAAGCUCAAGGUUGCAUACAUGCAUUUAUUUUAUACCAAUAUUUGUAAAUGCGAUCUUAAUAACAUUUUUAUGUUGCUUAAAGGGAUAGUUCAACCAUAAAUGAAAAUGCACGAUGAUUUAGUCACCCUCAAGCCAUCCUCAAUGUAUUUGAUGAUCUUUUUUUCAGACAAACACAAUCAGAGUUAUAUUAGAAAAUGUCCUGGCUGUUCCAAGCUGUAUAAUAGUAGUAAAUGGUGCUUCUGAUUUGAAGUCCAAAAGCAUCCAUCCAUCUUACACAGAAGUAAUCCACAUGGCUCCAAGGGGUGAAUAAAAGGGGGCAGUUGAUGUGAUUUUGUAAAAAACAUUUAAAUUUUUUCAAAACUUUACAAACUAAAAAACUAGCUUCCGGUAACGACAGAUGCACGUUCACAAGAGCAUGUGUUUUCAGCAUAGGAAGUAGCGUAUGUACCUAGCCCCUAAGGUGACAUUGGAGUAAAAAAAAAUGUUAAGUUUAGUUUCAUGUUCUCACGUAAAAAUUUUGCCUGCUCACGUGAAACUUCAUGUGCAGAAUUUUUUUUAAGUUUAGUUUUGCGUGUGCACGUGAAACUUUCGCUUUCAAGAGCGCACGCAAAACUUUUGCUUUCAAGUUACACGUGCGCGCAAAAGAUUCACAUGCGCAUUCGAAACUAAACGCGAUAGUUUCAUGUGUGCACGCGAUGUCCCCUUUAGGGACUUCAUAUGUAUGAGAUGAGAGAGACGAGAUGCUACUUCUUACUUCAUAUGCUGAAAACGCAAUCUCUCGUGAACGUCCGUUAGCCGUUACACUGAAAAAAAAUUAUUCAUUAAAUUUAAUCAAUUUUUUAAGGUAAGUGGUUGCAAUCAAUUUAUUUAAGCUACUUUUAAACAAAAGUUUUAUAUUUUAUUUUACUCUUUACUCUCUAAUCUUUUUUGUUUAAAUGUAGCCAAUAGUUAUUUUAGUAGUUACAGUAUUUAGGCUUCAAAUCAGAAGCACCAUUUACUACCACUCUGAAAAAAAUAUUCAUUUAAUUUACUUUUUUUUUAAGGUAAGUGGUUGCAAACUAUUUAUUUAAGCUACAUUUAAACAAAGAAUUAGUAAAAUAAAAUAAAAUAAAAAACUUUUGUUUAAAUGUAGCUUAAAUAAGUUGAUUGCAACCACUUAUCUUAAAAAUUGAGGACAUUGAAUACAUUUUUUUUUCAGUGCAUAAAGCAGGGAACAGCCAGGACAUUUUCAAACAUAAUUCAGAUUGUGCUUGUCUGAAUAAAGAUAAUCAUUUACCCCGAGGAUGGCUUGAGGGUGAGUAUAAUUUUGGUUGAACUAUCCCUUCAAGGAAACUAGGUUUGGUAUGUUGUGGUUUUAGGCAAAAGGUGCUAGUAGCCAGUCUACCUUAAGGAAUGUUGUGCAUGAAAUACAUAGACAUGGAAUACUGUAGCAAAUCCCAUUUUACUUGUCAGAACUGAAGUGUCAUGCAUUAAAUGGCACAUUCUUCUAUGGCUUGAGUCUAAAGGAUGCCCGAUGAUGCACUAAAAGACUUGCAUUUACCUGAUCUUUUAGGAAUAUUGCCGUAGAGGAAAAGGCAGUAUGCGUCUAAUGGACAUUGCCAAGUUAAAACUGAGUUAGGGGCUCAUCCAACUGCAUCAUUUUUUUUGUGAUUCUUGUUUGCUAACAAAUGUCAGUCCUGGCCAGACACAUACUACACGCAAGUACGCAACCAGAGAUAAAUGCUCGGCUAAAGCAUUGCAUAUACCAUAUUUUCUGGACUAUAAGUCACUCAGGAGUAUAAGUCGCAUCAGUCAAAAAUGAAUUUUGAAGAGGAAA